UACUGUAGUUGGCCCUUUGAUGAAAAAGCUUUUAUUUCUCCUGGGAAGUUGUUUAAACAGUCACGCAUGUCUUGGGUGUGUCAUAUUUGUUGUUCUUAGAGCUGGAAGCUCUCUCCUUCACGAGUCAGGAAAGAGCCUUGCCCAGAAGACUGUAGGCUCUUUUUUUUUAAGUAGAAAGGACUAUUUAAUAGGAAAGAAAGAUUUCAGAAAAGAAGUACACCGGCGCGAGUGCCGUCCAUUUCUUCUUCAGCCGGGAAGGACGCUGCUGUUGAGCCGGGAAGGACUGCCAUGGCUUCCAGUGCUCUGGCGAAACCUCAGCCGCGUGGCCUUCUGGCCAAGCAUCUGCGAUUUCAUAUUGUUGGAGCAUUCAUUGUAUCCCUGAGUGUUGCAGCUUUCUGUAAGUUUGCUGUGGCUGAACCAAGAAAGAAGGCACAUACAGAUUUCUACAGAAAUUAUGAUUCCAUGAAAACUUUUGAAGAGAUGAGGAAGGCUGGUAUCUUUCAGAGUACAAAGUGAUUUUGGAAGUAAAGAAUGUCAUUGGAUUGGUGCCAUGUUCCUGAACUAUGAAACAUGACUACAUGGGCUAAAGAAUAGUUUCUCUUGAUAAAUAAAUACUAUGGACAGUAAAAAAAAAAGGGAGAAAAGAGUACACCCAAAAGACUCUUGGGCAGGCAGGUUGCCAGGUGGCAACUGCUGCCGACUAUAGGCGCUUAACAGGAGAGAUUCUAUUUUCUUCUGCAGCCAGAAACUGGGGAUAUCCUUUACUCCAGCAAAGGCUGCUGGGAACCCUAGUUGUCUUGACAUUUGGAACUCCUGGUUCCAAGCCUGAUGAUCUCUAGCUGCAAGCAAUGGGGAAUAUUGGAAUUACAAAUGGUAAAGUAACAUAUAUCCUUUAGAAAACCUAACAAAAUGUCAUGGCACAGAAAGAGAGGCUGCCCUGAUGAACUAGCCAGCAGACGAGUUCAGGUCUGCACUAGGGGCAGGUGGAGACAAGGAUAUUGUUCAUCGUGGCUCCUGGUUAACAGGCCAGUAGUAGCC